UCUUGAUUAUAGUGCUUUCCAUUCAUUGUUUGCGCCGGGUGGGCUUCAGUUUUUCUCUUUAUUUAUAAGAUAUUAUAUCAGUUCCCAUAAUAAAGUUCGUAGUAGUGUUUGGACUGGUUUGAAAUUAUUCACGAGAAAAUUGGUGUUUCACAAGAAAGGUGUAGAGGGAAAGCUCAGAUUCUCAACUACUUCUGUGAGCCAUUUUCUACUGCUCAGAAGUGGUUGUUCACAGUGUUUGGGACACUAAUUUCAGGUUUUCGUUUUGGAGAGAGUUCUGUCUUCUUGUCUCUUCUAUUGAUUUCCUAAUUGCGUUCUUGAAAUGAAUCAUUCUGGGGCAGAAACUAAUCUGAGAGCAGCAGUUGAAGUUACAAAGGACAAGAGUACUGGAAUUGAACAGGUCGUUCUAAGGAACCCUCAAGGGGCUUCAGCUCGGGUUAGCUUGCAUGGAGGACAGAUUCUUUCAUGGAGGAACGACCAUGGUGAAGAAUUACUAUUCACAAGUAGUAAGCUAUCAAAGGCGGUGCGAGGAGGAAUACCAAUUUGUUUCCCGCAGUUUGGAACCCGUGGACUGCUGGAACAAUAUGGGUUUGCCAGGAACAAGAUUUGGGUCAUCGAUCAAAAUCCUCCACCACUGCAUCCCAAUGAUUCAAAGGGAAAAUCCUGUAUUGACCUGCUACUCAAACCAUCUGAAGAAGAUCUGAAGAUCUGGCCACAUAGUUUCGAGUUUCGUCUGAGAGUCUCUUUGGCGGAGGAUGGGUAUCUAACAAUGAUAUCACGCAUCAGAAACAUCGACUGCAAGCCUUUCAGUUUCUCAUUUGCCUAUCGUACAUAUUUCUCCAUCUCUGAUAUCAGUGAAGUGAGGGUAGAGGGGUUGGAGACUCUUGACUACCUUGAAAACUUAUGUCAGAAACAGCGCUUCACGGAACAAGGAGAUGCCUUGACAUUUGAAUCUGAGGUGGAUCGAGUUUAUCUAAAUUCCUUGGACCUGAUUGCUGUUUUUGAUCAUGAAAAAAAGCGCACAUUUACCAUACAGAAGAAAGGGCUUUUAGAUGUUGGCGUCUGGAAUCCGUGGGAGAAGAAGUCCAAAUCCAUGGCGGAUUUUGGGGACGAAGAAUACAAAAAGAUGCUUUGCAUUGAUGCAGCAGCAGUGGAGAAACCAAUCACCUUAAAACCAGGUGAAGAAUGGACAGGCAAGUUGGAACUCGCUGUUGUCCCUUCAACUUAAUAUUGAGCAUCUGGAUCCCCACAAGUACAAUUUCAAGAUUGAAGACCAAUAAUACCAAUUACAAACAAGAGACUGCUUUUUGCGAUGGUGGCUACCAUUGAUACUCCUCAUACACUGUAGUUACAAUCUGAAACUGAAUAAGAACAUCAGCCUCCUAACUUGGUCAUCCCUGUAAUAUGUAUAUUUUCCUGCAAUGAAGGUGGAGAAUCGUUUUAACGUUCCUCUCUCUCUCUCUCUCUCUCUCUCUCACCACUGUAGUCAUGUUUCAAAAUGUAGUUAUACCUUCACCUACUAAGAUUAUAUAUGAAGCGUGAACUGUAUUUUGAGUGGUA